UCUUAGGUUCGGUUCUGGGCAGUCGAUUCGGCCGAAACGGGAGCGCAACGUAUUUGAGUUUCAAUUUUUCAAAAAGUAUUUAACUGCGAAACGCCGCACCAAUCAAAAAGUUUUACCAAAAAAAUUGUUUCGCGUUCAAAACUAUUCACACAUACUGGUAAAAGUUGCAUGGCCUAAAAACGAAAAUCUGUGGAAUUUCGAAACAUUUUUUAAGCGCUGAGUGACGAAAUGGAAAGCAAAAAGUAUAAGAGUGUUAUUAAUGCCGAGGAGGAGCAUUUGAUGACGAUGUCCACAACAACAUCAACGAAAACGGUGAAGAAGUCUUUGAAAACAACAAAGACAAAACAGAGUUUAGAAAAAUUGUCCUCGAAAGAGUCGAAAUCAGAGACCAUUAGUAGCACCAAUGCCCAGGAAUUAGGUAUGGAUACUGUAGAUGCAACAGCGGCAACGACCCCCCCAACUCCUCCUACACCGACCGGAGAGGAUGCUCAGGCUAGGAAAAAGGUGAAAUCGAAGAAAUCGAAAAAAUGUGAAUACGACAAUCAAAACAUCUCUGUGAAAACCAGUUUCAAUAAGUUUGACGCCCUCCAGAAACGCAAUCUAAUCCAUGUACGUUCAAGCGACUCGGGUAAAGCCCAAGAAAUCUUCAGUAAUCCGCAAGAUGAGCAACAGACCAGCUGCCGGUUGUGUAAUAAAGCCGUAUACAAAAUGGAGGAAGUCAAGGCUGAAAAGGGAAUCUAUCACAAGACCUGUUUCCGUUGUCACGAGUGUUCGAAACAGCUGAAAUUCGACAACUAUCAAAUUCACGAGGGUACCCUCUACUGUACCGCUCAUUUCAAACUACUGUUUGCGCCGAAGGUGGUGGAGGAUGUGGACCCCAAACCUCGAAAGGCUGAGCUCAUUAUACGAGAAAGUCAGCCCGUCGAGUUGCCUCCGGAUGUAGUACGAGCAUCCGAUAAGCCAGAUCUGGGUCUUGAGGAACUGCAACAGCUAAACGUACGCUCAAGAUUUCAAGUGUUCGAGGGUGCUGGUAAAAGGAGAGAGGAAGAGGAGCAACAGCUCCAACGACAGAACACAGUGGUCAAGAGGAGCACCUCGAUUCUCUCCAAGGUGGCCAAAUUGCAGCAGCAUGGACUCAAUAGCAGCAUUGAUAUGAAAUCGGAAACAGCGGAGAAUCAGAAUCCAGAUGAAUCGGGGUCGGGCAGUGAGAAUAGCGAUUCUGAUAUUGAGAACGUUGACGAUAAUGUGGAAGAUGCAGAUCUGGUGCGUUCGAAGAGACGUACCCAGAAGGAGCGACCCGUUGGACUGGGAGAUGCGAUGAACGACAUCAAAACCAGAUUCGAAACAGGACACGUGCAGUCGAAGGAGGAGAGGCGGGAGGAGCGCAAGCAGGAAAUUCAGAACAUUCGCUCGCGGCUAUUUAUGGGAAAGCAGGCCAAAUUUAAGGAAAUGUAUCAACAGGCCGUCGCCGAUUCGGAGCAGUCCAUCACUUCGGUUGGCAAGAAGCCCGAAGUUGAAAUUGGGGCAGCCGCUCGUUCCAUAAAGGAGCGCUUCGAGAAGGGCGAGAUGUUCAAUGAGAAAGGCGGCAGCUCCAAUUUGUCCGAAGAUGCUGAUGUGUUUGAGUCGGCUAUCAGCAAGAGGUCUCGCAGCAUCUUCAUGGAACUCGAUGCCAAUGCGGAGGCUAAUGGAGAGGCAGCCACAUUGGAUGCACAAAAUGAAUUGAAGAAAAAUCGAUCGGGCCUGCUGAGGAAGAGCAACAGCCAAGUUGAACGAGAUACCGCCAACGGCAAUGACCAAAACAAUGUCGAUGUUGUGAAAUAUGACGAGAAGCCCGAAGAUGUAAAAAUAGCAACAUCGGAGAUAAGUGAGAAAUUUAAAUUCUUUGAGACCUAUCGGCCUAAUGAGGGCGAGAAGCGCAAAUUUCGCAUGACACCGCCUCGAGAGGGGGUUGUCAAGAUGCCAACAUCGGAUUCGGACUCUGACGAGCCAGAAAAAUCAACGUUCAACGAUAAUGUUCUGCAAAAAACACAAACCACCUCAACCAUGCUUAACAAAUUUCGGGAAAUGGAGCAGAAAAAGUUCAAAGGGAGCAAUGAAUCAAAUGGACCCAAGCCACUUAAGUGCUUCACUCCACCACCAGAGGAUAGACGUCGCUAUUACGACAACCAAAAUAGCGAGGACGACGAGAGCGAGGAGAGCAACAGUGAGGACGAAAGUGCCAAUGAGGACGAACCGCAGGAGUUUGCAAAAUUAAGUGCCAAUGACGAGGCCCUUAAAGAGGCCCAAAAUGCAGCCCGUGCCAAAAAGCUGCGUGCCAAGUUCGAAAAAUGGCAAGCGAACGAAAUUCAACGCGAACUGAAUGAGGGCCAUGUGGACAUUUAUUCUCAGCAGGUCUCCGAUGACUCAACAAUUGAAAGUACAAAAACCAUUCGCGAGCGGUUUGAGAAUAUGAAGAACUUUGAGAGGAAAUCGCCCAGUGGUCCUCGGUAUCAAGUUAAUCGAUUUGUCUGAAUUAUUCGCUGUAGAAGCAUCUCGUCAAUAUUGGUUAGACGACGUCCCACUGCAUUGGGUCAAUGUGCCACCAAAUAAAUAAAAUAAAUAAUUUAUCCUUUA